ACAGUGCUUUCUCCAGCUAGUAAGGCUCAAAUUGGCCCAACUAUGAGCUCUCCCUUGUCGGAGUUUGUGCGAGAGCUUCCUGGAUGGUUCCUGUUCUCCGGAAUCUUCCUUCCGGUGUUGGCGUUGCUGCUGCUGAGCCUGGCUUACCUCAGGAUCAAACUGAUUGAAGCUGAUGAGGAACUGGCCCACGCCCCCAGCCCCCUGAAUGCCAUCCGGGAUUACCACAACCAACGCCACAGUUGGGGUCACUACACAGGUUGUAGGCCAACCCCUUCAAGAAAACAAGACUGAAGGGGGAGAUGUUCCCACAGGUUGGAAACUGCCAAGGGACAACCAUCCUUCCCCUCCAGGAAACCAACACCUCAGAGACAUAGAAUGGCAAAAAAAAUAUAUAGUUACAGUGAGGCAGCUGCUGCCUCAAAAAGUAUUCAGCCGAGAAAAAGUAUGCCGGACUCACCACAAGCCAAUGACUCAGCUACUGCCUCAACAUUAAAACCAGCCCACGAAGUGACGGGAAAUAAACAGUGCUGAUGGAUGUAGACAGCAUGAGGGUGCAAGACUGUAAUGGAUGAUCAAGAACAAGUCAGUUUGGCUAGAAAGCUGCUGGACAAUGAGGGAAAAUUAUUCCCACAUCACUUGUCUGCCUGAAUAGAAUGUGGUAAGCUGUAGAAGAAAUAAUUGAAAUCACGCCAUGGUGUGGAUCAACGGGAAAAUAUUACAAUGCAAUUCUCCUCAAUAUCAGACUCCUCAGGAUUGCAAUUCUGGCAUUACAGAAAAACUGACUAAACAGUCAAAGUCUUGCUUCUGCCCUUAAAGGUACCGAAAGCCUAAUAACAAGAGAAGGAAAAAAGAAAAGCAGCAACAUGACCUAGUGGAAAGAGCCCCACGUCUGGAA